ACGGUUUUCAAUCAGGCAUGGAUCAUCAUCGAUCAUCAACCCCAAAACUCUCACGCUCUCUUCAAUUUCCAUCAUAUUGUUUCCCCCCUUGCGGUACAUUGCCUUUCAUACGAAGCAAGAUGACGCUAAAGGUUCCUGAUUCGAUAGAAUUUGCUCCCGGCAAAAACACAUACCUUUGUCGUUGGGACACAGGCGAAGAGUUCAAUGAUGGUGUGAGCGAAGUCUCUUCAGGGUCGGUAGGCUCUUCCGACUACUCUGGAAGCGGUGACUUUGAUGAAGGACCUCGUGGUUUUCGCCAUUCGGAUAUUGCACCCAUCAACUUGAGGAGGCAUGCCAAUGAAGCCACCAAGAAUCUGAGGAACAGCGACACCACUGGCACCAGAAGCAGCAAUUCAAAAACUUAUUCACCCCUUCGCCUCCCAAAAGGAGUGUCACUCCUCCAAUGAAUGGUGAUCGAUGGGGCAACAUCAAGAGCGGGAAGAAAGCCUUGAACUGCAAAAGGGCAUCUGAACAGUCUGGUGUUGAUAUUAAUGAUAUCAUGCUGCAGCCUAUUCAGUUCAUGGAUUUGAAACCUGUUCCCAAAUCCAACCACACCAUACUCUCCGAUAUUCUGCUGAACAGCACCGCCACAGAAAAGAGUGCUGCCAGGCUUCAAGUCAAUGCAGCGGAAGGAGAUGACAGCAACAAAGUGACAGCAGUAUUUUGCAUUCGGCGCGCUGGUUGUGGCAUGUGCAGAGAUCAUGGUCUCUCUUUGAGCACUCAGCUCAAGCCCAAACUGCACGAAAAAGGAAUUGGCCUCAAUCUUUUUGGAAUUGUCAAGGAUUUGGAUGGAUCCGGCGAAGGAGAUGUUUCGGACCACAGACGAGACAGGAAAGAUAAGAAGACAUCUGCCAAAAUAUUGACAGACUUCUACACAAACUACUUUCCAUUUCCAAUGUACACAGACAGAAACUGGGAUUCGUUCACAUUCUUAGGAAAUCGAAAGACAAGCAUGUGGAGAAUGUUCCAAAGGAGCUCCACUGUCUAUCAGAGAUAUCACCGCAAGAAAAUCAGCAAUAUUAUCAAUGACCCUCGUGGAGAUCCACUCACACAAGGAGGUGUCCUUCUGUUUGAUGCCAAGGGACAUUUGAGGUAUGUGUACUAUGAACGAUAUGGAGAUGAACUGGAUCUGGAGGCACUCCAGUGGGCAGUGCAAGAUAUUGUCAGGAGUACUGGUGCUAGUAGUGACAGGAACAUGAGCAACAAAAAAGAACCAACAGUAGCGCCUCGUCUGCCGCGACGACGAGGGACGUUCGACAAAGGUCUCAUGGCUGGUGCUGUUGGCUCUGGCGGGGAAAAACCUAACAAAAACAGCCGUGAUAAUGCUCCGAAUGGAAUACGGAAGCCACAACGUCGUGGUUCUAUUGACGAUGCUGAGAAAGCUUAUGAUUUGCAAGUUCAGGACGACGGGAGUUUUGACAGCAAACAAUAGAGCACACAUGACACCAACUUAGAUUCAUAUAGUUUUGUUAGCACCUAUUUCCUCCUCGGCAGACCCACACCCGGAGCUUGGAAUCUUUUGGAGAAUUGGCUCUGGUGUCCGCAUAUUUUUCUGGUUCUCGAGCUGGACCUGUUCUGGGAUUUCAGGUGGUGGCGAUAACGACAAGCUUGACUAUAAAUCUAUUGAAAAAUCAUAUCUGUCCGGUGAUGGCGGAGGCAAUCUUUGUAAUAUAUAGCUGAUAUAUUCCACAUUUCAUAGCUC